CCUACAUCGGAAUACCUUCUUUGCGCGUUUGCGGCAUCCCGCAUCGGUCUCAUCGCCGGCUCCACAGUUCGGGGCUACUUGUCCGCUCUCAAAGCAUGGCAUACUUACAACAACCUCGCCUGGCUUGGGGGCCCGCGUCUCAACCUAGUCCUCCAUGGUGUCGAAAAUUCUACUCCCUCUGCCUCUCGUCGCGCGCUUCGCCCUCCUGUGACUCGUGAUAUGCUUCUUCUCCUCGCCACCAGCCUUGAUGCAUCGUCUUCCUUCGAUGCCGUUGUUCUCGCCGCCGCCUGUGUCGCGUUUUACGGGCAGUGUCGCCUCGGCGAAAUUCUGUCUCAAUGGAAAGACUCAUUUUCGGGUCACACAGCUCUCUAUGCCCACCUCUCCGCACCCUUGAACGCUAACCAAUCGCGAAAGCUAUUCCUUCCUUUCACUAAAGUCGCCAAAACCAAGGGCGAGUCUAUUUUCAUCUGUCGGCAGGCCGACCUUUCGGAUCCG